UGUCAACAUGACGUUAAUUCGAAAACUAAAAUUACUUAUAGUUUGUUAUUAUUAAAAUAAAUAAUGAAAAUGUGCAUGCAUUAAAAAAAAGAUAGUAUUUACGUAGAAUUGUGAAACUCGAUUAUUAAAUAUAUGCUUUAUUGAAGAAUAAAUUUAUCAGCGGUACAAAGUUCAUGUGCGACAAAUAAUUUUGGAUUUUCUUUCUUAUUAGAUCAAGGAUGUUGUAAAAUGAGAUAGUAAAAGUUUAUAAACUAGAUGACUAUGCCGCAAAACGAAGUUGAUUUAUUCCGUGACACAUGGGUUCGUUAUUUUGGUUAUGCCAACGAGGUCGGCGAGUCGUUCCGGCCCGUGAUUCCAGUCAAGGUAGUGCGGGCGAGCUAUGCGGUCGCAUUCGCGUAUGCGCUGGCUGAUACUGCGGACAAGAGUUGGAAAAUGUUCAGGAAAGAUGGCCGACCAAAGAAAGUCAUAGUAGAGGCCGGAGACGCACUCCUUUGGCAGACAUUAGCAUCUGUUGUGAUUCCAGGGAUUACGAUUAACAGGAUCUGUGCUUUCACACAGAAAACGCUAAAGAACAAAGCACAAAGGAUCCCACCAACCCCACGGAGUAUCAUCGCAGUGGCGGUGGGAUUGGCGUCUAUCCCAUUUAUCAUCUUUCCCAUCGACCAUGGGGUUACCCUGCUAAUGAAUCUCACUUACCGGCGAUGGGUAUGAGGUUGUGACGGUUUUAAAACGCGUUUUAUUCGAUGUGCAGUUUUUGAAGAAUUCUGAAGAAUGUAAAUAUCU